ACUCUGGCCAAGGAUACAGCAAGACCCGUCUGAAUUCUGGGACCAGUCUGGGAAUCCCCAAGGGUAGAAAAGGGAAAUAUAGCAAUAAAAGUUGAAGAACUGAAGGUCCCAAACUUCAAGGUCGCACAGCGGGGGAAAAAACAGUGAUCUCCAAAUUUGAGAUGAGGGUGUCUUUGGCAUCUUUGAUGGUGGGCUUUGCCUUGGCCCUGGUCUUCCUGGGUCCCUGCCCUGGUUUGACGGCCCCACUUGAUGGAUCAGAUGAUGAUCGUUUUGACCUGGGAAACUAUGACCUGAACAGUGUAACAGACUGGGACAACCUGGAACCCAACAUUUAUGGUGACAAUUAUGAUUAUGAGGACCAAGAGAUUGAAGUAGAGACUGUAGCAGCAGAUAUCAACCGAAUCGGCAGUCACCCAAAAGUUGACCACCAUGAGGAAAAAGUGACCCUGCCUACUUUGCCGCCAUUUCCUGUGACACUGGACUUCAGAGGAUCCGGCCUAUUUGGACCUGAGACUGGACUGGGAAUGCCUACCUGCCUUCUGUGUGUAUGUAUCGGAGGGAGUGUAUACUGUGACGACACAGGCCUGGAACAGAUACCACCCCUGCCCAAGGACACAAGCCAUUUUUAUGGACGUUUCAACAGCAUCCGACAUGUCAAGAACACUGACUUCAUAAACCUCAGUAGGCUUCAGUCUAUUGACCUUACCGGAAACCAGAUUUCUGAAAUGGAUGAAGAUGUAUUUCGCCCGCUACAGCAGCUCCAUGACUUGUUGUUAGCUGAGAACAACCUGCAGGCCUUGCCAGAACUUCCACUUACCUUGAAGCACAUUGAUCUACGAAACAACAGACUGAUCAGCCGAGGGAUCCAUUCAGAGUCCUUCAAGGAUAUGAGUCAGCUGGAAUUCCUCUACCUAUCUAAUAAUAAACUGGAUUACAUUCCAACACCGCUGCCAUUAAGUCUCAGAGUGUUACACCUGCAGGGCAACAACAUCCAGUCCCUGCAUGAAGACACCUUCUGCGACAGCCACGACCGUUACUUUAUUCGGCGCAACCUGGAGGACAUCCGCCUGGAUGGCAAUCCUUUGGACAUGAAUCUGUUUCCUCAGGCCUAUGUCUGCCUGCCACGUCUACCUGUAGGAAGUCAUUGAUACUUACCAUUAAAAAAGAAAAAAAAAAAACAUCACUUUCAUUUGUAUGUGAAAAUUGAUAAAGGGUGUAUGUAAGUCCUAAAUAUCAUAAUACAGUUGGCUGUGGAUGUAGUUAGUUGGUUAUUGAUAUUUGAGAUUGACUGAUGUGCCUCAUGCGUUUUUUCGGGUACUCCAGUUUUCUCCCACAUUCCAAAAACAUAAAGGUUAACUGGAGACUAAAUUGUCCGUAGGUGUGAAUGUGGGUGUGAAUGGUUGUUUGUCAGGCGACCAGUUCAAGGUGUACUCCGCCUCCCGCCAAAAUGAUCUGGGAUAGGCUCCAGCACAGCCGCGACCCUCGUGAGCAUAAGCGGUACAGAGAAUAGAUGGAUGGAUAUUGACUGAAUCUAUCUGUUGCAGCUGACAAUGUGCCAUGUGAGUGAAGUCCCCAUACAUUAGUAAAGAGACCUUUAGAAGAACACCACUGUUUAUUCCUUGGUUAAUAGCCAUAAGAAACCCUUCAAACAAUUAACUCUUGAUGUUAUGCAAAUAAUAAUUAUCACUUAGCAGUUUUUCACUUUUUUAAUUCUUAUUUUUUUUUUUUUUAUCGAGUUGUAAAUCUGGCGGCACGGCGGACGACCGGUUAGAGCGUCAGCCUCACAGUUCUGAGGACCGGGGUUCGAUCCUCUUUCCCAUUCUUGCUUGAUGUACAACUUUAGUUGUUUAACAGUCUGGCCUCUCAGUUGUCGUAUUUUGCUCUUCAUAAUGCGAUAUGGUUGAAUCGUGGCAACUGGACUCUUCUUGCUUGUUGAAUUAGUUGUGUUUAUUCUGGUUUCCUAAAAAUGUUUAAAAAAUUACUUGGGCAAUUAUUCUAUUAGGCUAAUGAUAUGUUGCUCCAAAACCUGUAUGUACCUUCCAGUAUUAAUGGUGCCUUCACAGAUGUGCAUGUUACCCAUGCCAUGGAUGCUAACACACCCCCAUACCAAAACAGAUGCUGAUUUUUGAACUGCAAAGUUAAAAAAGAAAAGUUGUUCUUCGACUGUUGGACUAUUUGCUCACACAGUUGUUCACAAAGUGAUGAACCCCACCCCAUCAUUGCUUGUGAACAACUGAGGCUUUCGGGGAUGCUCCUUUUUCACCCAAUUAUGACACUUUUUGUUAUGUUUUACACAAUGUCCCAACUUCAUUGGAAUUGGGGUUUGUAGUUAAGGUUAUCUUUUAAUCUGUUCCAUAUACACUGAACAAAAAUAUAAAUGCAGCACUUUUGUUUUUGCUCCCAUUUUUCGUGAGCUGGACUCCAAGAUCUAAAACUUUUUCUACAUACACAAAAGGCCAUUUCCCUCAAAUAUUGUUUACAAAUCUGUCAGGAAUGUCCACCAGAGCUGCUGCGAGUGAAAUGAAUGUUCAUUCCUCUACCAUAAGUCGUCUCCAAAGGCGUUUCAGACAAUUUGGCAGUACAUUCAGCCGGCCUCACAACCGCAGACCACGUGUAACCACACCAGCCCAGGACCUCCACAUCCAGCAUGUUCACCUCCAAGAUCGUCUGAGACAAAGCCACCCGGACAGCUGCUGCAACAAUCGGUUUGCAUAAUCAAAGACUUUCUGCACAAACUCUCAGAAACUGUCUCAGGGAAGCUCACCUGCAUGCUCGUCGUCCUCAUCGGGGUCUCGACCUGACUGUAGUUCGUCGUCGUGACCGACUUGAGUGGGCGAAUGCUCACAUUCGAUGGUGUCUGGCACGUUGGAGAGGUGUUAUCUUCACGGAUGAAUCCCGGUAUUCACUGUUAAAGGCAGAAGGCAGAUAGUGUGUGUGGCGUCGUUUUGGCGGUGUGCUGAUGUCAGCGUUGUGGAUCGAGUGGCCCACGGUGGCGGUGGGGUUAUGGUAUCGGCAGACGUAUGUUAUGGGCAACGAGUACAGGUGCAUUUUAUUGAUGGCAUUUUGAAUGCACAGAGAUACUGUGACGAGAUCCUGAGGCCCAUUGUUGUGCCAUUCAUCCACGACCAUCACCUCAUGCUGCAGCAUGAUAAUCCACGGCCCCAUGUCGCAAGGAUCUGUACACAAUUCCUGGAAGCCGAAAACAUCCCAGUUCUUGCAUGGCCAGCAUACACCCCGGACAUGUCACCCAUUGAGCAUGUUUGGGAUGCUCUGGAUCGGCGGAUACGACAGCGUGAUCCAGUUCCUGCCAACAUCCAGCAACUUCACACAGCCAUUGAAGAGGAGUGGACCAACAUUCCACAGGCCACAAUCAACAACCUGAUCAACUCUAUCCAAAGGAGAUAUGUUGCACUGCGUGAGGCAAAUGAUGGUCACACCAGAUACGGACUGGUUUUCUGACCCCCCCAGACCCCCAUAAUAAAGCAAAACUGCACAUUUCAGAGUGGCCUUUUAUUGUGGCCACCCUAAGGAACACCUGUGCAAUAAUCAUGCUGUCUAAUCUGCAUCUUGAUAUGCCACACCCGUGAGGUGAGAUGGAUUAUCUCUACAAAGGAGAAAUGCUCACUAACACAGAUUUAGACAGAUUUGUGAACAAUAUUUGAGGGAAAUGGCCUUUUGUGUAUGAAGAAAAAAGGUUUAGAUCUUUGAGUCCAGCUCAGGAAAAAUGGGAGCAAAAACAAAAGUGUUGCGUUUAUAUUUUUGUUCAGUUACUAGUUUAAAGUGGGAGCUUGUAUUUGAAGUGUAUUCAAUUGUGUAUACGUUGAAAAGGAUUUGCAAAUCAUUGUAUUCUGUUUUCAUUACGUUUCACACAAUGUCCCAAAUUUAUGGGAAUUGGGAUUUGUAGUGAAGCUUAUCUUUUAAUCUGUUCCAAAUAUGUUACUAGUUUAAAGUGGCUGCAUCAUAUCUGUAACACCAUUCGAUGAGUUGAUUGUUUGAAAUUAAUAAAGACAUCGUAAC